AUGGGGAAUGGUACCGCGGCCCAGAGGGCAAGAGCCGGCCUCGCUCGAGCCGCCAAAGCCAUCAAGCGACGAGUGCUCGAGCUUGCGGCAGCGACGGAUCGUGGCGAAUGCCUGUGGGAUGGAACGGUCAAUAAUGACGCCACUCUCGAUGUCGACCACGUACCUGUCCUCCUGGACAUCGAGGACGAGGAUGACGCCCUGGAGGAAUCGACACUGGAGCCUGUAUCGAACCCGCCGGAAGACACAGAGGACGACGAUAUUGUGGAGCUGCUCCCGCACGAGACGUUGGAGAUGAUUGAGAGCGACAAGAAGGGCGAGGAUGGCGGGAUGAGGGAGAGGAAUGUCAAUGAGGUGCUGAAAAAGAGGGCGUCCGACAUGAGUGCGAAGGAGUGGAAGAAGGUCGAGAAGAACCGGGCAUUGGGAUACAAUGGGCAGUCGAGGAGCUGGACCAACGAGACGAUUCGGAAGGCUCGCAAGCAGGAAGAGGAGGACGCAAAGACACGGAACAGCGCGCCCGCGAAGAUGAUGCGACAAUUCUUCGCACCUCGUCCCAAGCCCCCUGUGCCUGAACCAGAACCCACACCCGUUCCCUCGGACUCACGCCCCACAUCUCCAAUCUUCGUGUACGAUUCGGAUGUAUCGGAUCUGGUGGAAUAUGACGGUGUUAUCUGCUCAACAGUUGGUUGGCUCAAGGAUGCGUCUCAAACACUCGAGUAUGGAAAGAAUUAUGAAGGCUAUUGGAAUGGGGAGCUGUUCAUUAAACAAAUCAUCGAAAAGAUUAUUCCUGCUUUCGAAGCCGCCCAUGGUCCUGGACAUCAGAUGCUGUUCAUGAUUGAUAACUCGCAAGGCCAUUCAGCAUAUGCCGAGGAUGCGCUGGUUGUCAACCGCAUGAAUCUCAAUCCGGGCGGUAAACAGGCACUGAUGCGUCCGGGCUGGUUCAUCAAAGAUGGCCGCACCGUCUCCCAGCCGAUGGUGUUCGAACCGGGUCAUGCGUCAGCUGGAAAGGCGAAGGGUAUGAAAGCGGUGCUUCAAGAACGCGGUCUUUGGAACCCAUCAUUGAAGAUGCGAUGCAAAGAUUCCUGCCUCACAAAGUCCUGUUGCGCGCAUUCUGUGCUUACCCAUGAGCCAGAUUUCCAGCAGCAACGAUCCCUUGUUCAAGAAACCAUCGAGAACGCCAGGCAUCUCUGCAUUAUACUUCCCAAGUAUCAUUGCGAGUUGAAUUUCAUUGAAUUCUUCUGGGGAGCAGUCAAGCGAUACCUCCGUGACAACUGUGAUUACAGUUUCGACACCCUGCGCGCAAAUAUGCCGAAGGCUCUCGAAAGUGUCAAGUUAUCGACAAUCCGCAAGUGGGAGCAUCGGACCUUCCGUUGGCUGGAAGCUUAUUCCGUUGGUUUGGACGCGAAGGAUGCUCAAAAGCGAGUGAAGGAGUUCUCUUCUCAUCGAUACAAGUCACACCGUCGCGUUCCCGAGUCCCUCGCGGCUCAGUUUGACGAGUAA